AUGGAGCGUUAUCUAACUCUCAUUUUUUUGUCUUCUCUGAUCAGACUUACUGCAGCUGGUAAUGUGAGGCUGGUGGAUGGUAGUAAUUCCUGUGCUGGUAGGGUGGAGGUUUAUUAUAAAAAAGAAUGGGGAACCGUGUGUGAUGAUUACUGGUAUUUGGCAAACACUGCAGUCGUGUGUAGAGAGCUGGGCUGUGGUGAUACUUCAAAUAUAAUGCGUGUUGCUUACUUUGGACCAGGAUCAGGAAAAAUAUGGAUGGAUAAUGUGAGAUGUAGAGGGUUGGAGUCCUCAAUAUUCAAAUGCCCAAAAGCAACAAUGGGUAACCAUAACUGUAAGCAUAAUGAAGAUGUUGGAGUUAUUUGCUCAGGCAUCAGGCUGGUUGGAGGUUCUCUCUGCUCUGGGAGGUUAGAGGUGCCUCAUGGGAACACAUGGCACACAGUGUGUGAUGCUGCCUUUGACCAGCAGGAUGCAGAGGUUGUGUGUAGAGAGCUGGGCUGUGGGGCUCCUGUACAGGUGCUGGGAGCAGCUGCUUUUGGCAAAGGAGACGCUCAGAUGAUGACACAAGAGAUUCAGUGCAGAGGAAAUGAAUAUCAGUUUGCUCUCUGUCCAGUAUCAUCUUCACACAGCAAUUGUUCCCAUAACUAUAAUACGGGAGUGGUGUGUGCUGAAACAUUAAGAUUAGAUGGUGGUGGUAGUUCCUGUGCUGGUAGAGUGGAGGUUUUUCAUGAUGGUCGUUGGGGAACAGUAGGUGACCUCGGUUGGGAUUUGGCUGAUGCUGCAGUGGUGUGUAGAGAGCUGGGCUGUGGAGAGGCUGUAGCUGCACCUAAGCAUGCCCACUUUGGCCAGGGGAAAGGACCAGUCUGGAUUAUUGAUGUGAUGUGUAAUGGAGAAGAAUCUGCACUGAAGGACUGUGGAUCACAUAACUGGGGAAAACAUACGGCUAAUCAUGCUGAUGAUGCUGGGGUCAUCUGCUCUGGUGUCAGGCUGGUUGGAGGUUCUCGCUGCUCUGGGAGAUUAGAGAUACUUCAUGCGAACACACGACUUUCAGUGUGUGACGCUACCUUUGACCAGCAGGAUGCAGAGGUUGUGUGUAGAGAGCUGGACUGUGGGGCUCCUGUACAGGUGCUGGGAGCAGCUGCUUUUGGCAAAGGAGAUGCUCAGAUGUGGACACAAGAGAUUCAGUGCAGAGGAAAUGAAUCUUACAUAUCUGUCUGUCCAACAUCUUCUCUCAAACACAACUGUACCCAUGAGAAUGCUGUAGGACUGUCAUGUUCUGGUUACACCGAUCUCAGACUGGUAAACGGCCCUGACAUCUGUUCUGGUCGAGUUGAACGUCAGUACUUCAGUAAAUGGGGCACAGUGUGUGAUGCAUGCUGGGAUAUGAGAGCUGCCAGUGUCCUCUGUAGACAGCUGAAUUGUGGGAUUGCUGUCUCUGUUGUGGGAUCAGACUGGUUUGGAGAGGGAAGUGAUGAAAUCUGGGCUGAUGUGUUUGAUUGUGACGGGAAUGAAACAAAACUCUCAGAAUGUUCCAUCUCUUCAUGGAGUCGAGCUGAAUGUUCUCAUAGACGAGAUGUUGGAGUCAUCUGUUCUAGUUCCCCUCUAGCUCUUCAUGACGGUCUGGUGCAGUUGUCUGGAGAGAGACAGUGUGAGGGGGAGGUGGAAGUUUUCAUCCAUCAGGUCUGGAGGAGAGUUCUGCUGGACUCCUGGAGUCUCACUGAAUCCUCUGUGGUCUGCAGACAGCUGGGCUGUGGCUCUGUGCUGAACUUCUACGGCUCCUCUUCAUCCAGGCCUGAACACAGUCAUGAGUGUGUGACGGGCUUCCAGUGCUCUGGGAGUGAAGCUCAUCUGGGGAACUGCAGCUCUCCACAAACUCUCAACUGCAGCUCCACACAACAGCUGUCAAUCACCUGCCUUGGUUGCAGGUCCAUCAGGCUGGUGGGUUCUGGGGGAGACUGUGCAGGGAGGCUGGAGGUUUUUCACAGCGGCUCAUGGGGGACAGUGUGUGAUGACUCCUGGGAUAUUAAAGAUGCUCAUGUGGUGUGCAGACAGCUGCAGUGUGGAGUGGCCCUCAGUAACCAGCAGGUACCAGCCUGGUUUGGUCCUGGUUCUGGACCCAUAUGGCUGGAUGAUGUGGCGUGUGAGGGGAAUGAGACGUCCCUGUGGAGCUGCUCUUCUCCAGGCUGGGGAAAACAUGACUGUCAACACAAGGAGGAUGUAGGAGUCGUGUGCUCGGAGUUUAAAGAGAUCAGGUUAACUGAAGGCUGUGAAGGGAAUGUGGAGGUUUUCUACAAUGGAUCCUGGGGUAAUGUGUGCUGGAACCAGAUGGAUGAAGACACUGUGAGUCUGAUCUGUCAAGAGCUGAACUGUGGAAGAUCUGGUGUUUUGUCUGAUUCUACAGCAAGAGUGAAAUCAGCUCCUAACUGGCUGGAUGAAGUGAAAUGUCGACCACAUGAUUCAAAUCUGUGGCAGUGUCCAUCUUUACCCUGGGAACAAAAUAAAUGCAACGAAUAUGAAGUGGCUAAAAUCAUAUGCUCAGAGGAUCAGACACACAAGUUUUCUCAGAGUCGUCUGACAUGUUCUACCUCAUCAUCUUCUCACCAGAGACAGUGUUCAGAUCAUGUUCCUCUCAGACUGAGUGGAGGGGAGGGCCGGUGCUCUGGGAGGCUGGAGGUGUAUCAUAACGCUGUGUGGGGCUCAGUCUGUGAUGAUCAGUGGGACAUCAGCGAUGCUCAGGUGGUCUGCAGGCAGCUGGGUUGUGGAGCAGCACUGAGGGCUGAUGGGAAUUCAGUCUUUGGUGCUGGUGAAGGUGUUGUGUGGCUGAACAGAGUCGAGUGCAGAGGGAAUGAGAUUCACCUGUGGGACUGUCCUCUCUCCCUGAAAAACCACACUGACUGCUCCCACAAAGAGCACGCUGGACUUACCUGUGCAGGGAGUCUCAUCUCUGAAGAAAUGCAUUCUGGGUAUGAAGAUGCUGAUGAGCUUCUCUCAGGUUAG